CCCCGCACCCUCCGCGUCUGACCCCGUCUCCCGUCUGGUCAAUAGCAGGCGGUAAUCGCGCAUGCGCGGCGGUCCCGCAGCACGCCCCCGCUCCGCGCCCCCCGCAGCCCGUCUCCCUCCGCCCUACAUAAGGCGCGCGCGGCGGGGCUCCCGGCUCCGCAGUGUGCGUGGGCGGGCGCUGCAGCCACCCGCGCGGCCCCGGCCCCUCGGAGCGCCGCCAUGAGCUCGGGGACCCCCUACAUCGGCAGCAAGAUCAGCCUCAUCUCCAAGGCGCAGAUCCGCUAUGAGGGCAUCCUCUACACCAUCGACACCGAGAACUCCACCGUGGCCUUGGCGAAGGUGCGAUCCUUUGGUACUGAAGACCGACCCACGGACAGACCUGCUCCUCCAAGGGAAGAAAUCUAUGAGUACAUUAUUUUUCGAGGAAGUGACAUCAAAGACAUCACAGUCUGCGAACCUCCGAAAGCUCAGCAUACUCUGCCACAAGAUCCUGCCAUUGUUCAAUCUUCACUGGGCUCUGCCUCCACGUCAUCCUUUCAGCCACACGUGCCUUACAGCCCGUUCAGAGGUAUGCCACCUUACAGCCAGCUUGCUGCCAGCUCUUUACUUAGCCAGCAGUAUGCAGCUUCAUUAGGUUUAGAGAAAUUGGUAAGCCCUCCAGCAUCAGCAGCUGCUUCCAGUCCUAGUUCUUCUCCGUCUCCACAACCUGUUUCAGAGCCUGACAUGUCUUCAGAGCCCCAUCAGCUCUCUUCCAAGGGUGCUGGCUUCCCUUCGGUUCACCCGGUCCGCAAAAGCCCCAUGGUGGAGCAGGCUGUUCAGACGGGCCCCGUUGACAACAUCAAUUCACAGAAGCCGCUCCCGGUGAAGGCAGCUCCAGGGGCUCAGCGCAAUGGGCGGCAGGUUCCCCAGAGCAGCACCAAGGCAGCUGUAGAUACGGUCCCGGCAACGCCUGUGCAAACCCAAGGGCAGGUGAAUGAUGAAAACAGAAGACCUCAGAGGAGAAGAUCGGGAAACAGGGGAAACAGGAGAACCAGAAAUCGUUCUAGAGGACAAAACAGACCAACUACUGUGAAGGAAAAUACCAUCAAGUUUGAAGGUGACUUUGACUUUGAAAGUGCAAAUGCACAAUUCAACAGAGAGGAACUUGAUAAAGAAUUCAAGAAGAAACUAAACUUUAAAGAUGACAAAGCAGAGACGGAGGAAGAGAAAGGAGACCCUGGAGUGGCAACUCAGAACAAUGAUGGUAACACAGAGGAGGACCUCCUGGGACCCAACUGCUAUUAUGAUAAAUCCAAGUCUUUCUUUGACAACAUCUCAUCAGAACUGAAGUCUAGUUCCAGACGUACCACGUGGGCUGAAGAAAGGAAACUCAACACUGAGACAUUUGGAGUGUCGGGACGGUUCCUUCGUGGGCGCAGUUUUCGUGGUGGGUUUCGAGGUGGAAGGGGCAGCGGACCAGCGAGGCGGAACCAAACCACUCACAGAGCUGGUACUGGCAGGGUGUAACUUCAGAGGUUCUAACAUCUCUCCCGAGAGGAUGAAAAUGUACAUAGAAAACAACCAACUGCUGCACUAAUGUGGGAAAAUGGUUCAUAUUGUUUACUGUCUCAGCUCAAAUGACAGAACUUCAUGUACUACUGCUUAUAUUCUGGACUUACUUUGGACCAGCAACCGUCAGCUGGAGUAUUCUUUGGAAGAGGGAAUGCGUUCAGGGGUACCUUCUUCAGGGUGUCUUUUCGUUCGUUGUUUUUGUUUUUUAAGUGCAGAUUAACUUACAUGGUUCUUCUUUCGGGUCUCUCAAAGGCUGCUAUGGUCUAAGGUUAAAGUCAGACUCCUUUUCUGAACCCUGAAGAAGUUAAAUCAUGGUAUUUUAACAUGGAACCAAAGCUCACUUGAAAUAAACCAGCUAACUUGUUUGUUUCUGAGUAACCAAAUGGAUUCUUUGGUGCUGCUGGUCGUACUGUACUCAGCAGUGUGUGGAGUAGCACUUGGUCUCUGAAAGAAUGGACUCCUGGUGCUGAGGAGUUGUGUAUAUUGUCACUUGGGAAUACUGGAUUGUUGAUCAUGUAGUAGUGUAAAACGACUGUACAGCUGUUUGCCAGGCAGUACGAACGUGGAGGUACUGCAGGUCCCGCAGGACUGUGCCUCCCUCGGGUUGAAGGGUGCUGGGCACUCCUCCACAGCUCGGAGCAAUGCGGGGUGGGGGGCGGGGGAGGGCAGGGUGCUGAGCCCCAGCAGGACGGGCAGCGGGCGCUGCUGCUCGCGUGCUCAGAGUGCAGAGCCCUGGCAGCGGUUGCUGCCUGGCGAGGAGCCCGAGGCGCCGGCUUCUUGCCUCGGUUUGUACCUUGUUCCUCUCGUACUAAAUGCAAACAGUUUUCUGUACGCUAGUAGACUGUGGUGGAACACUAUGGAAUGUUUUCAUUAAACUAGGAAUGGGGAGUCCAUAUAAUGAAGCUUAACAGAUGGGCAUGUUUAAUUUUUCCUCUGUACCCCCAUACUGUAAAUAGUUUAGGUUUUUUUUCUUUUGUUUUUAAAAUCUGUAUGUGGGGAGAGGGGGCUGGGAGGGAAGGGGUUACAUUUGUUUGCAUGAACAAGUGGGUUAAAUUGCUGUAGGCAUGUGUCCCUUUUUUGGUUGGUAGGGAAUUUUGUUGAAAAAGCACCUUGAUGACUGAACCCCGUACAUAGCUAGAAUUUUUUAGUUCUGCGUUGACUUAGGUUACUGUAAAAGCUUGGAUUUAUUUUUGUAGGACUUUAUUGCUAAGAAUUAGAACAUAGCAGUGGGGCUGCUCUUUGGAGUAAUGUAAAUUGUAAUUAUAAUAAACAUGUAAAUGUUU